UCGAAAUAAAGAAUAAAGAAGAUUUAUAUUUGUUUACUAUUUCAAUCCUUUGCCAUCCGUCUAUAUUUUUAAACAUUGCUGUUUUAAAAGAGCGAAAUAAACGGGCCUGUCUUUAUUUUUUUCUAAAUCUGCAAUUCUUUUCCAAAUCUGUAAAUUAUGGCCGACGAAGAUUCGAACUCCAGGAGUCGUGAAAACAGCAUCUCAGAGUCUCCAGGCCUAGAUGGGGAAUUUAGUUGGCCUAAGUCAUUAGAACGGUUAGAUUCGUCAAGCAACGACGGUGUGUUAGGUUUAGAAACAAGUUUAGAUCCAAGUCUCGAUGUUUUGGAUGUCUCCGGAGAUCAUGGAAACGACGUUGAUGACCCGGAACUUGAAGCAAUCAAAGCUAGAGUGAAGGAAAUGGAGGAAGAAGCUGAAAAACUGAAAGAUAUGCAGAAAGAAAUUGAAGGAUCUUUGAAUCUAAGCGCCAGCCCAACUACAGCAGCACUUCCAACUCUCGAAGAAAAACAAGAGGUUGAUGCAAGAUCAGUUUAUGUUGGAAAUGUAGAUUAUUCUGCAACUGCUGAAGAACUUGAACAACAUUUCCACGGAUGUGGAUCAGUAAACAGAGUAACGAUACUAUGUGAUAAAUACACUGGACAUCCAAAGGGUUUUGCCUACGUUGAAUUUGCCGACAAAGAAAGCGUGAACAAUUCCACUGCUUUAACAGACUCGCUUUUUAAAGGUCGACAGAUCAAGGUUGUACCAAAAAGGACCAACCAACCAGGCAUCAGCUCAACAGACCGUGGAUUCUCCAGAGGCCGGGGACGUGGUAGAUCUCGUGGUUUUCAUAGUCCUGGGUACUAUCCAGGUUACAGACCAAGGAUUCGAGGACGUGGAAUGUAUAGGCCUCGACGAAGAGGAUGGUAUCCUUACUGAAUGGACAACAAAGUUAUUUAUUUGGAUGGUUUGAGUUGAUAAAUUUUUGUUUCAAUUUGCCCCUAAUUUUCUAUAUCUUUCUGUAUUAAAAAAACGCCUUGUCUCCUUCAUUCCCCCAGUUUUAAUAAUUUAACAUGAUUAAACUUUAACUGUCCUAAUUUUAACAGUUUUUUGUUUUUUAGCCACUGUUGCCCUUCUGUGGAUUUUUGAGGUGAUUAUUACUUGGAUAUUUUGUAUAAAGAACUCCCUUUCCUGUAUCUUUCCUCUCUAGACACUUCCAGGAAUAUUGCUCUUCUGUGGUAUUUUAGUUAUGUUUCUAAUAAAUUUCUAAAGGUUGUAACAAAGGAAAGUGAUGAAAAAAGGAAAAAAUAGAUGAAAAAAAAAGAAAAAAAACAAAAGAAAAAAAGAAAAUAAAAAAGAGAAAAUAUUAAGAGAUAAAGUUAGAAAAACAGAAAAAAUGUUUGGAUAAAAAAGGCCAUGAGAGACUUACCAUUGUGUAUAGUGUAAGUUGAUUAUCUUUGAAAUCCAUAUCUUAAACAGAAGCAGGAGAUCCAGGAAAAAAUCAAGUCAAGAAAUACAUAUUUUGAAGUCAAAUUCAAGAACAAGUUGUAAUCAAACUUUGAGUUUAAGAUCUGUCAUUGUAUAGCAUGGAUUUGACUUCAGUUUCUUUAUACUUGGGAGAUGGUUAAAGAACUGUGGAAAAGGAAGAUCAGUUGUUUUGAUGAGAAAGACAGAAAUAUCAAACCUGGUCAUAUUUCAUCACAUUGGUGAAUUUGUUUUCCCACAAUAUGCAUGGGUCUGGUUCACAAUUGUCCUAAGAAUCAGGGAUUUGUUGUAUUCAUUUUCAUCAGAAAAACUGGUAGCAAAGAUCAUAGAGAUAUGGGAAUUGAUGAUUCUUAGGACAGGUGGGAACUAUAUACCUAGCAGUUUGUGUAUAUUUUGAUGCUAAAAAUAAAUAUUUCCCUGUCUCCUGAUAA